GCAGCUCCUUUCCAGUCCGGAAGCCCUAAGAGGAGAAGUGUCAGAAGGACACGGCUGGCGGCCCUUCUCAGCGCUGAAGCCUCACCAUGCUGGUCCUCAGGAGCAGCCUGCCUAGGGCGCUGGCUGCGCGGACGCUCGCGCCUCAGAUGUGCUCAUCUUUUGCUACGGGCCCUAGACAAUGUGAUGAAACAUUCUACGAAUUUCGUUCUUAUUAUCUUCAACCUUCAAAAAUGAACGAGUUCAUGGAAAAUGUUAAGAAACACAUUCAUCUUCGGACAGCUCACUCUGAAUUGGUUGGAUUUUGGAGUGUAGAAUUUGGAGGCAGAGUGAAUAAAGUGUUUCAUAUUUGGAAAUAUGAUAAUUUUGCUCAUCGAGCUGAAGUUCGGAAAGGCUUAGCCAAAGAUAAGGAAUGGCAAGAAAAAUUUAUCAUUCCAAAUUGGGCUCUCGUUGAUAAGCAAGAGCUGGAUAUUACUUAUCUGGUACCAUGGUGCAAAUUAGAAAAGCCUCCAAAAGCAGGAGUCUAUGAACUGGCAACUUUUCAGAUGAAACCUGGUGGACCAGCUCUGUGGGGUGAUGCAUUUAAAAGGGCAAUUACUGCCCAUGUUAAUCUAGGCUACUCAAAACUAGUUGGUGUUUUCCACACAGAGUAUGGAGACCUCAACCGAGUUCAUGUUCUUUGGUGGAAUGAGAGUGCAGAUAGUCGUGCAGCUGGGAGACAUCGGUCUCACGAGGAUCCCAGAGUUGUGGUGGCUGUUCGGGAAAGUGUCAACUACCUAGUAUCUCAGCAGAAUAUGCUUCUGAUUCCUACAUCAUUCUCACCACUGAAAUAGUUUUCUAUUGAAAUACAAAACAUUUCAUCUUCUGGUAGAAGAUGUAUCUGCUAAUGGUGCUUAGAUUCUUCCAAGAAUGUCUUUUAUUUGAAGGAGGUGGUAAGUUAAUGUGCUGUUUCUUGCAUUUUUGAAAGCUACAUGUGUCCUUUGUCACCACCACUUCAGAAAAUAGUUCUGCUCACGUUCCCUAUGGCAUUUCUAAUAUAUCUAUUAUACAUUAAAAAUAAUUGUCACUAUUUCAUGAAAUCUUGACUUUUCAUUCAUUUCAGAAUAUCGCUUCUUCUUUAUUUUGGCAGACUUUAGCUUUAUAGCAUUUGCUUAUAGACAAAUAAAGAUUUUACAUUUUGUCUGACAAGAUUUUUAAAUUGUCUAUAUACAAUAUCUUUUCAUAAUGUCUGUUUUUUCUGAGAUGUUAAAAAUAUUUUUAUUUUAUGAUAUCAAAUAGGAUUUAUAAAAAUAUUAGAUCAAGUAUAUUUCUUUACUUUGGAAAAGUACGGUAUUAUCUGUGUCAUCUAUAUUAAUUAUGAUUUUCACAUUAAUCAUUCAACUUGGAAAAUAAUGUAAUUAGGUCACAGGUUAAAAAUCUAGAGAAGACUUGUUGGUUUAUAGGCUGAAAUGUGUUCAUUUAUGGUUAAUUUUACUAAUUGUUACUUUAUUUUAGAUCACUAACAAAAAUCUUGAGACAUCUAUUUGUUUUAAAGAGAUCUUUAUGGUUAUGGAAAUGCUUGCCCUAAUAAAAGCCUACAUAUCUGUU